UCGUGGCUUGGGGGGCGCUGGCGGGUUCCCGAGCCCCGCGGCCGUCGCGGGCACCGGCGGGGCGGAGAGGCGGCCGGCUGGCUGGCUGGGCAGGGGGCCGGCUAUGGCGGAGCCCAGCCCUGAAGAUCCGCCUCCAAACCUCAAACCGGAGACACAGCCUCCGGAAGAAGCGAAGGAACUAUUUGAGGAUUUCAACAAGUUCUGCAGUUUCGUCCUAGCCUACGCGGGCUACAUCCCUUCCUCUAAGGAGGAAAAUGACUGGACGCCCUCCGGCUCGAACUCCCCCAUCCGCCCGGAGAGCGUGGUGGACAGCGACGGGUGGGAGUCUACGCACUCGGACCUGCACACGAUCGAGACCUUCGUCAAGAAGGCCAAGUCUUCGAAGAAGAAGGCGGCCUUCCGGCGCCUCAAGUCCGACAGCUCUCUGCUGGAGAAGAUGAAGCUCAAGGACUCUCUGUUUGACUUGGACCCCGUCGGCAAGCAGCAGCAGCCGCCGCUGGCGGGGCCGAAGGGGGCCCUGGACAAGAAGAAGGACAAGCGGAAUCGGAAGUCCGCCCUGGACGCGGGCGGAGGAGCCAAGCGGAACCGGGGCGGCGGCGGCGGCGACCCGGUGGGGGAGAAGCGCUCUCGCAUCAAAAAGAGCAAGAAGCGGAAGUUGAAAAAGGCCGAGCGCAGCGAGAAGAAGCACAAGGCUUCCCUGAGCGAGACGGACUCUGAGGAGGAAGAAGGGGCGGCAGUGGCGCCUCGGCGGCCCAGAGGGGAGGAGGGUUCGGCCACGGCAGCCACGGCGCUGGUCUCUGUGCAGGCUCCGCCGGAGCUGUUGGCCGCCAGCUUCCCCAUUAAGCUUGAGGACACGGAAGGGAAAGGGGGGAUCAGUACGGAGACCAGCCAGGAUGGGGAAGGCAGCUCCAGCGAAGGAGAGAUGAGGGUCAUGGACGAGGACAUCAUGGUGGAAUCAGGGGAUGACUCUUGGGACCUCAUCACUUGUUACUGCCAGAAGCCAUUUGCGGGCCGCCCCAUGAUCGAGUGCAAUCAGUGCGGCACCUGGAUCCACCUCUCUUGCGCCAAGAUCAAGAAGACCAACGUCCCCGACAUCUUCUACUGUCAGAAGUGCAAGGAAGGUUCUCGCAAGCCGCUGCCGCCGCCGCCGCCACCCCCGGCGGUUCCCAGCGCAGCCGCCGCCGUUGCGUCCAGGGGAGGUGGGGAGCCCUAGCUCAGGAGGGGGAGGACAGGCGGCUCUGUGCUGGGCUUCCAUCCCAGAGGGGCAGAAAAGACUGGACAGGGUCGGGAGCCUGCUCUGGACUGGUAUCCAAAAGGAGCCUCAGUUCCUUGGAGGCCGAAGACGGAGGUGCUUGGGGUACUUGCGGUGGUGGUAGUCCCAGCACCCGGGAGGCAGAGAGGCUGCCCCUCCAGGCAGAUUCUGGCUAGCAAUUGCAGGCCUCUCGCUUCAGACCCACUCCCCCUUUGGGGGUUCAUCCUGACCCACCUCCAUAUUCUCUGCGAAGGAGAAUGGCAUUCGGAGGCUGACACCGGUGGGCCGGAAUAAUGAAACUAAAAAUCAGGAAGGUUCCUGUUUUCACUUGCUGGGAUGCACAUAGCGUCGGGGGGAGAGGCAGAGAGAGGGCACUAGAAGUGGGGUAGACGCAUCUCUUCGUUUUUGUUUUAGCUCUUUUCCCCCACCACCUAUCCUCCCCUGACCCAGUAAAGUUCACGUGUAAAUAGACUGAAUGCAAAAGGGUUUUUUUCUGGCUUUGUUUAUUUUCUCCCUCCCAUCACACCCCCAGUUGGAAGACUUCUUUAUUUUCUUUUUU